ACUAAUAAGAUAAUAAAAUUUAGAUCAGUAAAAUAAUCAGAAAAAGAAGAUUAAGAAAAAAAAGGAAGAGAUCUAAAGCACGAGAUUUGAGGCGAGCUGUUAAGCACCGGACACCGGAAGCGGCACCGAUAUCGUCGCGGAAUUAGUUACCGGAAUCCUCAGGCUGGUUGGCGUCGGGGUCUUAUUCUCCUCUCUCCCGCCAAUCCAUGCCGCUCCUCUCUUCAUCUAUUUUACUCAUCUCAAACGCCAAUCCCACCGACUCAUCCCUUCUCUCGUCUUAUUCCCACGCACGUCUUCCCCACAUGAAAGGAGACGGAGAUCACAAGCGUAGGAGGAACGGAGAAGGCGAGGACAUGCCUCCCUCCCACCCCAGCGUCGAACUCACCCUCGGCUUGUCUUGCUCUCGUUCCCCGCCGAGUCCUCCCCCAUCCUCCCAGACUCCUGCGGCCGCGCAGCCCCCUCCACGCCCAGGUUUUUCCGUCUUCCACGGUGCUUCCUUCUCCAACGGCGUCGCUCCAUCGCCUCGGUUUGGUGGAACCCGCACCCGGCGCAACCCCACGCAGGGCCCCAAGGACGGCAGCAAGGGCGAGCUCGUCCAGCCCGCCUUUGCUUGGUCCACCGACCGCCGCGCCACCGUGCACUCCCUCGCCCACCUGCGCUCCCAUGGCAUCCGGGAGAUCCGCGGCGUGGUGCAGUGCAAGCGGUGCGAGGCCAGCAGGGAGAUCAAGUACGACCUGCUCGCCAAGUUCGACGAGGUGGGGGGCUUCAUCCGCGCGAAGAAGCACCUCAUGCACGACCGAGCGCCGCCGGAGUGGACGUGCCCUGUCUUACCGGGCUGCGACGCCUGCGGGCAGCCCAACUGCAUGCGGCCAGUGAUGGCCCAGAAGAAGCGCGACAUCAACUGGCUGUUCCUGUUGCUGGGCCAGACGCUGGGUAUCUGCAACCUCGACCAACUUAAAUACUUCUGCAAGCACACCAAGAACCACCGCACCGGCGCCAAGGACCGCCUGCUCUACCUCACUUAUCUCGGCCUCUGCAAGCAGCUCGACCCAGCCGGUCCAUUCGAUCCCUUAUGUCACUGAUCUAGCAAAUCAUGGUAGUUGUAGUCCGGUGCAGGUUAGAUCAGAUUGCCGCUCCUAAUUCUGUUCCUCUUCAUAGCA